AUGUUAGGCUUGGAAUUUAAGAGGAAGGAUGAAUCCACAAGAGCAGUUGAGCUGAAGACGAGACUGAAGGAGGUGAAGAGACUGACCCUUAUUAUCUUAGACGACAUUUGGGAGGAAGUUGGUUUGAAGGAAGUUGGAAUUCCUUGUAAAGAUGAUCAGACAGAAUGCAAAGUAGUGUUGACGUCUAGAGAUCUACACAUAUUAAAUAACGACAUGGACGCAGAAAAAUGUUUUCGAAUUCAACAAUUAACAGAAGAAGAAGCUUGGAGUUUAUUUAACAAGACAGCAGGUGGUUCCUUGGAGAAGAAUCUUGAACUGCGCCCCAUAGCAAUGAAAAUAGUUGAAGAAUGUGAGGGUCUACCAAUUGCGGUUGUAACAAUUGCAAAGGCAUUAAAAGGUGGGAGGCUGGCUGUAUGGAAGAAUUGA